UUGCACGUGGUCUUGUUUACACUCGUACCGUUUACCUGAAUGAGCUUGUUUUUUUGCGUGCAGUUACUGGACUUCGUAGAGCAUUACAGCUAAUCAGCUAAUCAGCAGGACUCACUAAUCUGAAAUGACUGACAGGAUCGAGCCGAUCCAAAGCGGGAUGAAUCUGCACUCCUUUGUUAGCCGCCGCUUACCUGGAGAACCAGCUGAAGUUGUGAUUGCAAACCCUCACGUUUGUCAUGCAGGUAGAGAACACCCACCCGAGGUGUUUUCUGGGUUUGCUGAGCUGCCUGUUCUUGGCUGGUCUCUACGUUGGCAGUUUGUACGUCUGGAGAAGCAGCUCACCAAGGGAUCAUCCCAGUGUGAUAAAGCGUCGCUGUGCUAGUGUGCUGCUGGUCUCUGCAGUGUCACCUGCAGUCGUGAAGACAUGGAUGCACUGGGCUGAUGUCAAGGUCGACGUGUCUGUGUGGGAGUUGAUGGGACUUCGCAUGGACGGUUUGGUUGCUGCAUCCAUAUUACCUUUAUUACUUACUAUAGUUUUUUAUCUCGGCCCACUGGUUCACUCCGCUAUGGACAACCCCAAAGGCUUCACCGGGGAAAUGCAGUGUGCACUGGAUGUUCAGUCAUGGAGGCGGUGUGCGGGGGACGCAGUGUGGCUCAGAAACCAGGUGGUGGCACCAGUGACAGAGGAGCUGGUGUUCAGAGGGGCCAUGCUUCCUAUGUUGGUGCCCUGCACGGGACCCACAGGCGCUAUCGUCACAGCUCCACUGUUCUUUGGAGUUGCUCAUUUCCACCAUGUCAUAGAGGAGCGACGCCUUGGGAAAGAGAGCAUGAGUGUCAUCCUUCUGGUGGCAGGGAUGCAAUUCUUGUACACAACCGUUUUUGGCGCUUUUACUGCCUUUAUAUUCAUAAGAACUGGGCAUGUUGUCGGUCCGGUUUUGUGUCAUUCAUUUUGCAACAGUCAAGGCCUGCCUGACAUCAGCUCUGCCCUGCAACACCCUCAGAGUUCAGCUCUGCUCUUCUUAUAUCUGCUGGGAGGCCUGCUGUUUCUGGUGCUGCUCUUCCCGCUGACAGACCAGUACUUUUAUGGUCCCAUUCCCAUCUGCAGCCUGGCUCCCCCUCCAGCGUCGGUUUGCUGAAUGAAAUCGAAUUAAGUUAAAUGCGCUCCAGCUCUUGAAACUAUCUCCUUCUUUUACUCUGGAUUUCAGUUUGUGAUGUUUCUGUUUUUUGUUUCUUUUUAACAAAACUGAAAAUCUAUGCGUGUAUAUAUGUCUAUGCGUGGGUUGGUCAGCAUGAGAGCAGAAUGAUUAGAGCAGUUUAGACAUUUCCUGCAUGGUCAAAAAUAUUUCCUACUGUAUUGAAACUCAAUGCCAGUACAACUUUCUCUGGUUAAAAGGGAGAAAAAGAUGUGUGUGUGUGUGUGUG